UCUAAUCGGAUAUUAGGAGCCACAUGUUCUUGUGUUGGAUGGCUUCCUAGCUACAACAAAAGACUAGAAUACACACGCUACAAAUGGCUACAAGUCUGUGGAGAAGCUCUUUCCAAGUGGCUGUACGCUCUGGGAGAGGAGUGAGAGGAGGUGUCAUCAAUGGGAGGAGGGCUGCCUCCACUGCUGGAGCCGGAGGAGGCAAUAGCGUGAACCUUAUCAUAGCUGCAGGAGUUGGAAUUGCUGGGGUCACCACAUUUGCUAUGUGGCGAUCUCAUCGUAACCAGAAGAAUGCUGGAAUCAAAAGCAUGAAUCAGACUCGUGUGUCUGAGUACAGUAAAGCUGGAGCCACCCAUCCCGAAGCUGAAGCAGAGAAGUUGAUAGCCCCCACCUCAGUACCAGACACGCCCCCUUCUACUCCUAUUAUUUCCACAGAGGUAGUUGGUGAUGUCCUCAUCAAGACUCCUGAUGUGACUGCACUUGAGCUGCCUAAACAUGUACCUUAUGUGUUGGUUGGAGCAGGUACAGCCUCUUUUGCAGCAGCCAAAGCAAUCAGAGAAAAGGAUCCUAAAGCAAAGGUCCUCAUCAUAGGAGAGGAGACGUACACUCCAUACAGUAGGCCCCCUCUCUCCAAGCAGCUCUGGUUGUAUGAAGAUCACGAAGCUACAAAACAGCUUAAAUUCAAGGCCUCUUGGAGUGGUGGCAAGCUUGUGGACCCACUGUACAAAUGGAACUUUUGUGAUCCUAAAGAACUGCCCGGUAAAGAGAAUGGAGGUGUGGCUGUCCUCACUGGAACAAAGGCGGUUGGCCUCAACCCCACUACGAAAACAAUCCAAUUUGAGAAUGGAUCAGAGAUCACAUACGACAAAUGUCUUCUAGCGACUGGUGGCCGGCCAAGGAACCUCCCGAUAUUCUCUGAAGCCUCAGCUGAUCUCAAGGAGAGAGUGUCUCUAUACAGAACAAUCCCAGAUUACCUAUCCCUGGACAAAGUGGCCAGCAGUGUGGAGUCUAUUCUGGUGGUGGGAGGAGGGUUCCUCGGCAGUGAGCUCGCAGUCGGGAUGGCCAGCAGAGGAAAGGGGCGUGGAUUGUCAGUGACGCAGGUGUUUCCUGAGGGCGGUAACCUCGGGCUGGUUCUACCGUCUGACCUCUGUAAGUGGACCACUGAUAAAGUUCGCAAGGUGGGUGUGGCUGUACACCCUGGGACACUCAUCUCCAAGGCUGGUGUGGAGGAGGGGAAGGUCAAGGUCACUCUGUCCAAUGGAGAAGAACUUACAGCUGAUCAUGUGGUGGUUGCCGUGGGUCUUCAGCCCAACACGGAGCUAUCCAAGUCGGCUAAAUUGGAGACAGACCCACAGUUUGGAGGAUACAGAGUUAACUCUGAGUUGCAGGCCUGUUCAGAUAUCUGGGCGGCUGGAGAUGCGGCCUGUUUCUUUGACCCCUACCUCGGACGGAGGAGGGUGGAGCAUCACGACCAUGCCAACGUAAGCGGUCGUCUGGCGGGAGAGAACAUGACAGGGGAGCACAACAGAUUCACACACCAGUCCAUGUUUUGGAGUGAUGUCGGCCCCGAGGUUGGGUUUGAAGCCACGGGCCUGGUUGACAGCAAACUCCCCACAGUGGGCGUAUGGGCUAGGAAGACCAGUGAGGAAUCCGAGUUGCCUGUGGAUGAUUAUUCUAAAGGGGUAGUGUUUUAUCUCAACAAACCAGACGGCAAAAUAGUUGGAGUCCUCACAUGGAAUCUGUUUGGAAAGAUGAAUCUGGCGAAACAGAUCAUAGCUGAAGAGAAGGCUAAUGAAGAUAUUGGGUCACUGUCAGCCAAGUUUAAGAUACACGAAGAGACUGAGGUGUGAUCAGCCACUCAUCUGGAUUCACUUAGAGCUAGUCGAACUCUUUUGUAGACUUCUUAUGAAUGUCAUUGUUUUGUGUUGGAAGAGCAACGGUUUAUUUUGUGUGCAGUUUCUCAGAUUAAUAAUUAUUUUUGCUAAUAAUAA